CUAAACCCAAGUCACCCAACCGUUGUCGUAGAAACAGUGGAAAGCGCAGUGAAAGGGAAAAAGAACUCGACUCAAAGAACCUGCGGCGCCAAAAGAAAUUACACUCCGGCUAUAACGCAAAGAGGUUUCGUAGCAUCAAACGGUGAAGCUUUGAUGAGCAACGAGAGGGAGAGGAUCAUGUAAAUGAGAACCUGAUGCCAUUAUUAAUUUGAAUCUUGAUUCUCAUCAGAAGUCCAUCACCACACUUUCCAUAGGGUUACAGGAAAGAGAUUUGACGCCACUGACAGAACCACAGAAGGAAGAAAAACAUCAAGGUAUCAGCAAUAGUUGAAAAGGAGGCAUCGUCGUCGCGGUGAACAUCCGACUAAUGAGUCAAUUAGCAUGAUAAGGAGAACAUUUUGGUCAAUCAAUCAUUACAAAACUUCUGAGUCAAUAAGCAUGAUAAGGAGAACAUUUUGGUCAAUCAAUCAUUACAAAUCUUCUGAGGCUACUCUUAUUCAGCAUUCACUCCAGUACAGGGAUAUCAACUGCAAGUUUAUCUGAGAUCUUUCUCCAACUCAAGGAAUCACAACUAGCUCAAGGAAGAAGAUAAUUAUUAGUGUACGAAAUUGGCUGUCUGAGUCUCUGUUCAGACUGUAAUGUCAUCAGAAAGGAGUAUAAUUGAUAAAGGGUCCUGGGAUGGGAGCAUUUCAUCUAGAGAGUUCUACAUUGCUGCUUGUGCAUUUAGUGAGCAAUGGCAGAAGUUUAACCCUGCUUUUCCUCAAUGGUCAUGGUGCAGAUGUCCAAAGCUUCUUGGGGUUCCUUCCUCUGGAGUAGACGGUUAUCUCUGCGUGGAUGGUGUAAUUCCACCUCCCGGGUCUACCGUGGAAGAUAAUCAUGAAUAUGGCGACGGUAUAAUAAAAGAGACAGGUUGCUUGGAGGAAGAUGACAUUAUUGAUAGUGCUGCAUUGGUUCAACCUCAGAGAUGUGAAAGGUGCUGUUACGACUUCCACAUUGUUUACAGCUUAUCUUAUAGGGUUCCUGUGCUAUACUUCCGUGCAUAUUGGAGUGAUGGACAACCUUUGGCAUUGCAAGAGCUGGAAAAGAACAUCCCUGAAAGCACAAGGCAGGAACUGACAGUACACAAAUGGACCUUUAUAACACAAGAGGAGCACCCAUACCUGAAUCAGCCUUGGUUCACACUACAUCCAUGUGGGACUAGUGAGUGGAUGAAGCUUCUUUUUACUAGGGACACAUCUACAUUGGCACUUGGUGGAGUGGCUGUUCAUAGAUAUAUGGUCUCUUGGUUCUCCUUUAUUGCAAAAGUUUUUGGUCUCAAACUUCCCUUUGGAAUGUUUGGGAGUAGUGAUUCUCAUACUCAACCCUCUAGCUAAGCAGCAUGUCAAAACAUACACAUUAGUUAUUUUGAGAUUUUUUCAUUUUGGUUCUGUAUCUACUGUGCUAGUGACACUUCAAUAUUCAUGUUUUAACUUUUUCACCUUUUCUUCUUUGACUAAUGUGCCGUACACAUUUUU